AUGGGGGCGGCGGGGCGGCGGGCGCUGCGGGCCGGGCUGGCGCUGGGAGCGCUGGCGCUGGUGCUGCAGGGGCUACGGGGCUGGCUGGCUUCCAAGCGGUACGAGUUCACCCCCGCCGAGAUCGCCCAGCUCGCCCGGCACCACGCGGGGCUAGACCAUGAGCUGGCUUUCUCCAAGAUCAUUGUGGAGCUACGGAAGAAGCACCCAGGCCACAUUCUGCCAGAUGAGGACCUGCAGUGGGUGUUUGUGAACGCAGGCGGGUGGAUGGGCUCCAUGUGCCUCCUGCAUGCCUCGCUCACCGAGUAUGUGCUGCUCUUUGGAACAGCUGUUGACACUGGUGGCCACUCAGGUCGUUACUGGGCAGAUAUCUCCGACACUGUCAUCUCGGGGACCUUCCGGCAGUGGAAGGAGGGGACCACCAGAAGUGAGAUCUACUACCCAGGGGACACCAUCGUGCACCAGGCAGGAGAGGCCACGUCGGUGCAGUGGAGCGCAGGCACCUGGAUGGUGGAAUACGGCCGGGGCUUCAUCCCCUCCACGCUGGCCUUUGCUCUGGCUGACACCCUCUUCAGCACUCAGGACUUCGUCACCCUCUUCUACACCCUGCGUGUCUACGCCAAGGGCCUGCUCCUGGAAGCCAAUGCCUUCUUCAGCACGUGGGGCUGCUGAGCCUGGCUCACCACGACCCCCUGCUGAACACAGGUGGCUCCUCUCCUCCCAGCCUUCCUCCCCUCUCCUCCUUCUCCUCCCCGAGCUCAGGCUCCAUCAGAGGCAGCAGGAGACCCCCUGUGCCUGCCCCAAAUUGCUCUGUCCUUACCGAUGGGCCAGCUGGGUGCCAGGAUAGAGGGACCAUGGUGGGCACAGCAACACAGACCUCUUUACUACCUGCCUCUCCCCCUUUUUGAUUUGAGCUGUGUCGUGCUUUUCCAUCCCUCAGGGCUGGAGUGGCCUUAGAGGGUACAAACACCUUUGUGUGCCCUCAGAAUGCAGCAGGAAGGGGGCUGGAGCUGGCUGUCCUCAGGCUCUGCAAAAUUCCUGCAGCUCCUGAGACAAUGGGAGGAGGAUGAUGCCUUCAGGACAGGGUGCACAGGAUGAGCUGGACUAGAGCACCCACUGUAAAGGUUGUAUGAGAGGUUUCUCUUCUCUCUGGCGGGCUGCCGGGGCUGCGGACAGCACUGAGUCCAGCUGGCAGCAAUUCCCGUGGCUCUGUCCCCGCUGACGUGGGUUGGCAGCACACAGUGUCCCCCUGGCACAGGGCUGGAUCUGCGCAGGGACCCCCCGGCAGUGAGGGGAUGCCCAGCCUCUGUGCUGGAGGUCUGUCUUGGUCCCCUGUAUGUCGUCUGCCCCAGGGGACAGCUGGGGCUAGGAGAGAGUCCCACUCCCCAUGGUCCUCCUCCCUGCAGUCCCUUCCCAAAGGGGAAAGCCACCGUCUGUCGCCUUAAACAAGAGCCCGUUCUGCGUGGCCUCUGGGCUAUGCACAUACCUGAUGUCUGUCAUGCCCAAACCUCUGUACUAGCUCAGGAUGGGAUCUCGCCCCUCAAAAUGCUUCCCCAGGCUGUGAGACCCCUCUGGGGACAGCCAACCUACUCGGCUCAUGACAUGAGAUCCUGGCCACUGGGGGAGCACUGCGGUUGCCUGACGAAGCCCAGCUGUGGACACUGCUUGCAGCUCUGUGGCCAGACCUAUGCGAGCUCUCUGCUCUGUGGAGGGCUUUCACCUCUGUACUGUUGCCAAACUAACGUCUGUGUCCCUGGCCACCAGGCCUGUAGCAUGUCAGUCCUACUCCCCAGACUGCCCCAUCCUGCUGACUGGCAGCCCUGCACAUGGGCUACUUCUUAAUUUGCCACCUGAAAAGAGCUGCCCAUAAUAAAAAUGUUCUUCCCACCA